AUGCAAACCUCGUGGACACUUUUAAGAUCCGCGAAAGAAGCCCACAAAGCUGCAGCAGCUUGGCUUUCUUCCGCGUUCAAGUUUCCCAAGUUCGGGGGUUUCUGCGUUUCAAAUGGAGCACUUUCGACUCCAUUUUCCGCGGAAACAAACGCAAAUAUGCAACAAAACGCCCCUAAUUUCAACAUUUCAGCUCCAGAGCCCGACUUAGUUUCGAAUUUCCAAUUUUCUUCGCUUUCCGAAAACUGCCCCGAUCUGCGAGGUUUCCACAGUGUUUCGAGGUGUACGUACACCCGAACUCGCGGGCCCGCAGCGCAGCCCCGACUGCGGCUCGUACUAAAAGAAAGCUGCGUUUUUUUUGGAAAUUCCCGAGUGUUCGUGAAGUGUUGGAAAUAUUCGAACUCUAGGGAGUUGAGAGUUUGUUUGCUCGAGAGCUCGGCGCUGCGGGGCGCCGCGUCGGGUUUGCAUGCAUGCAGGCGGCUUGCGCGGGUCUUCCGGGGGUUUGGCUGCGCCAUUUUUCGAGCAAUUUGGACUUGGGAGUUUUUGAGGAGUUUGCGUUUGGAAGAGGAAGUCGGGAGAGCGCUGUGGCGGCGUAGGCUGCGGCUGCGGCGCGUGGGCGGCGUCGCUAGUUUGGGGGCGUUUUUCGCCGUUUUUUUCGCAAUCUGA